ACCAACUCAACUCCAAGAACCACAAUUACCGUUACGUCAACAAUAGUAAUCCAGGAUGCAAGCCGUGUCGAACCAGUCGGAAAAAGUACCGCAACAGUCGAGCGCCGUGCAGUUACCUUAACGGCAUUGGCCAAGUAUGCGUGUGCCGAGUUAUUUUCGGCUUGCAGCUGUCUUAGCCUUCAUCUAAGGGCUACAAAUACAUUACGCCCUGACUAUAGGCAGUUAUGGCACAGUGUCCCGCCCGUGAAGUUCACAAGAGGCUAAGGUGUGGAUUCCUCGCCCGAUUCUUUUGGUAAGGCUGCAGAAUGUGCUGGGAAAAUGCGCUAUCCCUUUCCGGGAAGAUAUGGUACUUUUGUCCAUGCCCAAUCGCUUAUGGGCUUCGACGACACAUCACCUCGCAAGCUCACAAGGGUGGAGACAGAGCAAACAGAGAGACUUAAAGCGAGUCCCGCUAUACGGCCGAUUCUAAACGACGAACCUCAUUUUCUCACGAUGAACCAUUCAACACCCUCAUUCCCGACAGCCUCAGCGAGCACCUUCCCAUUCGUUAACCAAAACAUAGCCAACCAAACAAAGGAUCGGCAUUGCGCGUUUGAAGCAAGCAACAGGCUCUACGAUUUCGACCCAAGAAGUCUUGGAGUACGCGAAGCGGCUCGACAGCGUUGGGAGGAGUUGAAACCUCUCAUUCAGCGCGUUUACGUAGAAGAAGACAGACCUUACCCAUAUCUCGCGAACCUUCUCUUGACCCAGCACGGAUUUGAGACUACAAAACGCCAGUUCUCGAGGAAGAUAGCCGAAUGGGGAUUUCGAAAGAACGUAUCGAGCUCUGAGCGACGAGGCAUCCUGCAAUCUCUUCCUGAUUGUAAUGUACCUUCAUCAUUGUAUCCCGGUGAUCCGAGACUGAAGCCCGAGAAAUUGAGGAGUUGGAGGAAGAGGUAUAGGGACGAUGUCGACGAACAGCCAUGUCAUUUUGUCCAACCUCAGUCGUCUGCCUUGGAUACGAGGGUGACUUCCCCAACUUCAGACCAACAAAUGAAUUCAGAGGGUCUUGAUGACGGUUCCAGCCCAAGGACUCUGCAAAGUUCACCAUCAGUCCAGUCACCCUCAAGUUCUGUUUCGGGGACUGCAACUCCGAGUGAAGAUUCAUGGUUAAUAAACUGGUCCUCUGUCGAAGUUCCUCAGUCUCCUGGUUUGUCACGGCUCUUUAUGGCUUUGAAGAUCGAAUGCGAGAAUCCCGUGCCAGCGUUGUCACUCGAACCCGGAUAUCUGCCCGAAGUGCCAAGAUGUAUAUCGGAACGCCAAAUCCAGGACCUUUUCAAUGACGACAAUAAGGUCAUCAAUUCCAGUGGCAAUAAUCUGUAUUCUUCCGGGCAAUGCAAACCUUCGCCGCCACUCCCGUUGGUACCGAUUAGCCACACGUCGCAGAUAGCAGAGCUUCAGGAUUUUGCAGCAGCUGUGUUUUUUGGGCACCCUGCAAGCCCACUCAAUGAGCUCUAUGUUUUCUCUGGUAGUCCCUCCAGUACCCCAGUUGAGGUUGAUCUUUCUCAUAGGACGGUCUGGGCUUCUCUCGCCUCACAGGAGAGCGACUUCAAAACGAAGUUCACAAAGCUACAACCGCUUUGCGGCAGAGGCGACCCCUCACUUGUUGCGGCUAUGGAGAGUCUUUCCCAAACUUACUACGACCGUAGGAAAUAUGCUGAAGCUGAGGUGCUAGACAGAAAACUUAAAAAACUGUAUUCGAAAGAGCUGGGAAGCGAGAAUCUGAGAACUCUGGAUGCAACCCAAUGUCUUGUCGAUUCUCUCGUCGCACAAGGGAAGUUUUACGAAGCACGCUCUUUGAAUCGCAGUUUGUUUUCUGCACUCAUCCGAAUUGGCCAUCUGGGUACCCCACGGAUUGCCCACAUGCUAACUAAUAAUGCCUUGAUUGCGGAAGAGCUCGGCCGCAUCGAUGAGGCCGAGAGUAUUCUCCGACAGGUUCUCCAACUCUGGCUUACUUACUGCGGCCCACGAGAUAAGAGGUCGCUCCAUGCGAUGACACAGUUAGGAUACCUUCUCGCGCUGACGAAAGGCCCAGGAGGAGACAUGUUGCUGAGGACUGCAGUUCAUCUUCAUCUCGAGGGAUCUGACGCUACUGACGAGGAAGCUUGCAGAGCAAUGACGAACCUCUCGGCAGCAUUCUGGGUCCAAGAUACGCACAUGGAAGGCUGCCAAUUAGCCCAGAAGGCAUUAGAGAAAUUUCACCGCGUGUUAGGGGACGAACACCCGGACAUCCUGGGAACUCAGGUAGCCUUAGCUCGGAACAUGACAAAGGGAGGCGAUUUAUCAGGCAGUGAGAAGCUUUUCAGAGAAAUCAUUGCUACUGAGUCAGACAUCAGUGGCAGUACAGAGCCUCAGGGCUUAGCGAACAGCAAAUGCGGACUUGCCCGGGUGUUGAUGUUGAGGGAAUGUUACGAUGAAGCUAUCAAGUGGUAUUGGGAGGUCCUUCGGGAUAGAUCAGUCGCCUAUGGCUGGGGCUAUCCAUACACUCUCAGAGUCUGCUAUGAUCUUGGCGAGUGCUAUCAGGUGUGCCAACGGGUCGGAGACGCUAUCAACUUGUACCGGGACGUGGUUCGUAGACUAUGGAUGACGGACGGUUCUGGCAACGCUUGUCGUCCGGAUAUCGAUGACAUGGAGUCGUGUAUCAAUGUGCUAGAGGAUUCGAUUUCAGAAAGCAAGGAAAUGGAGGCAAAUGCACCUUUGACGAGUAGAGAAGAUUCCAAGUACUAACUUGGUGGGAUAUAGGAUGGGUUUCCCGGCUUGGGUUCGGUUAAUACCGCGAGGUCUUAGUUAUGUCUAAGGGCAUAGCAACCAACUCUAGCUUUUAAUACUAGAUAAUCAAAGCCAGUAUUUGUCUUAAUUAGGAGCGUUCGGGAGGACCAAUUACUAAGUAUUUAAUUACGGCUC